CACAUGCGGACGCCGAGCGCCGCCGCCGCCCGCCGGUUAUGAAGGAAGAAUGGAGUUUCCAGACCAUAGCCGCCAGUUGCUGCAGUGUCUGAGUCAGCAGCGUCACCAGGGCUUCCUGUGUGACUGUACUGUUUUAGUUGGAGAAGCUCAAUUCAGAGCUCACAGAGCCGUUCUUGCCUCUUGCAGUAUGUACUUCCAUCUUUUCUACAGGGACCAGUUAGACAAAAGGGAUAUUGUGCAUCUGAACAGUGACAUUGUCACAGCCCCUGCCUUCAGCCUGCUGCUCGAAUUCAUGUACGAGGGAAAGCUGGAAUUCAACAGUCUCCCAGUGGAAGAUGUGCUGGCUGCAGCGAGCUACCUUCACAUGUAUGACAUUGUGAAAGUCUGCAAGGGCAAGUUGAAAGAUAAAGAAUUAUGUUCGGAAGAGAAGAUUAAUGAUGAGGCGGCUAGUUUGGAGAAAGCGGAGCAUUUUCUAGACGCCGGAGUGCCCCUGGUCCACGAGUUUGACCCAGGAAACAAACAAAAAUUCAGCGUUGCAGAAUACGAGAGAGCAGCAGGCAAAGAAAAGGUCAGCAGUCACCCCGCCUGGUCCUCUGAUCAUAUAAGUGUCAGCUCUGUGCCGACAGAGGCAGAACCGUGCGCCGCAGCAGCUGGAAAAACAAAGGCUAAUGUCAAUAGUUCCACAGGACCUUUGUCCCAAAGGUCUGUUAACCAUCCCCUGGCUUCGAGUGAUGUGGACUGCGCGCUGGAUUUGUCUUUCAAGCCCGUGCCGGGGAGAGAUUCCUUACACCCCUCCUAUGUCUUUGGACAGCUGGCUUCCGACAGCCAGCAGCAGGGUACCGAGCCACUUGUUAAAGAUGAACAAGACUUGCUGUCAGAUCAGGAGGACAGCGAAGCCAGGAGUCCAGAGAGUCAGCAUUUUGGGAAUUCAGCCAAAAGCCUAGUGACAGGGUUAGGACACAUGUUCGCGGGGAAUGGCAGCUCUCAUGCCCGAGAGGAGGAUAUAGAUCAAGAGCGAGACGAGAGCGAGGACGACAUGGAUUCGUCGGACAUCUCCUCGGGCGUCCUGGUGCCUCCUGGGCAUAUCUGCAUUUGUCCCCUCUGUAGCAAGGUGUUCCCGAGCCCGCACAUCCUUCAGCUGCACCUGAGCUCUCACUUCCGCGACAAGGACGGCUCCCGGACCCGCCUGUCCCCCGACGGGUCGGUCCCCACUUGCACCCUCUGCGGAAAGACUUUUUCCUGCAUGUACACUCUAAAGAGGCACGAGAGGACUCACUCUGGGGAGAAGCCCUACACCUGCGGCCAGUGCGGGAAGAGCUUCCAGUAUUCCCACAACCUCAGCCGCCACGCGGUCGUGCACACCAGGGAGAAACCCCACGGGUGCAAGUGGUGCGAGAGACGCUUCACGCAGUCCGGGGAUCUGUACAGACAUAUCCGCAAAUUUCAUUGUGGCCUUGUAAAGUCCUUGGUUGUUUGAGAUGUGUGACUUUUGUUUGGUUUGGUUGUUUUGUUUUUGGUUUUUUUUUUUUUU